AUGACACCUGAUGAUAAAGAGAUUCGAGAGCACCCUUUGCUGGCACUGGAUAUUCUUAAAAAACAGAAUUGGGGCUUCCAGGGUGGGGGUGGCAAGUUGGCAGACGGUUUUGGCGGCAAAGAGAAAUGCAGUGACAAGAGGUUGGUCUCGCUGCCCUUGUCUCGUAUCCGUGUGAUCAUGAAAAGCUCCCCCAAGGAGUCCAGCAUCAAUCAAGAGAUGCUGGUGCUCAUGGCCAAGGCCAAGGAACUCUUUGUUCAAUAUCUAACCACCUAUUCCUAUAAACAUGGCAGUGGAAAGGAAAAGAAAGCACUUAUUUAUAGUGAUUUAUCAAAUACUGCAGAAGAGUUGGAAACCUUUCAAUUUCUUGCAGAUAUAUUACCAAAGAAGAUUUUAGCCAGCAAAUACCUGAAAAUGCUUAAGGAAGAGAAGGGGGAAGGAGAAGAAGAUAAGGAAGAGGAAGAAGAGGAGGAUGAAGAAGAUGAUGAGAGUGAGGAUGAAGAAGCUGAAUCUUAAAACAUAAAAGCAAUACUUUAUAAUUAACGAACAUUGUGCUACCAACCCCGCUCAGGCCCCUCUCUCUUAAAUAAAAUACAGAGCUGUUCCAUUUCCUCCCCAUACAGAAUUUUAUAUCCAGUCCAUCUAUCCAUUUCAGUCUGAGGAAUGAGUUAAACACAAGAAAAUUUACUUGAUUUGCAUUACAUUUGAAGGCAUCACUAAGCUGCAUAUUUAUUCUGAUAUCUUGUUUGUCUUAUUAAACAAUGAACUUCUAUAUU